GUAGAUUGUGUUUACAUAAAAAAGCCUAACCCAUUUCCUCUGCUACAUAUUUGACAUCGCAUCAGCCGCUAUUGUGGUGGUCUUCCUUCCAAGUACAUACCUUCUGCAGCCUCGUAGCACCAAAUUCGUUCUUCACAUAAGGGGCAAGUAGGAAUGACCACCAACAUGCUGCAACGACGUCCUGUGCAAGCCACAUAUAGAAACGGCGUGUUUUGGUUGGGCUUCAAUCCGAUACCGAAGGCAAUUACGGUAAGGAUUCAGGUAUCUUGCAAAUUCCCGAGACCCGAAAAUUACAAUCACCGAGGCAGUGUCUUAUGGCUAACCUUUGUGCACUCGUUUUCUCAGAAUUCACCAUUCUAAAAGUGCAAGAUUUCUCUGGCUAGAACUAUACCAAUGAACUAUUCGAUGAAGCGAUUAGUGCCACGAAUGGUCUUUCAGGGUGGGCCCCGCUCCAUCCUUACGACACUAGUUUCGUAUGGCAUGUCCAGUUUUAUGAGCUUGGCUACCCCCAGAUUCUGACUGUCCAAGUUGAGCACCUUCACUGCUCUGCACCCUCGCAAAUGUGAAUGCACGAUCCCAGUCUGGUCCUGUGCCUGCUCCCGUAAGCUUUCUAGUCUGAGCAGUUCCACUUGCUUCCGCUUUUCUGCACAUUCUUGCCUCCGCUUCGUUCAAGCACCUGUCUCUGUUUUGGUCAAGCCGAUGCAACCUAAAAUAAUCGAGGCCCACAAGCAUCCUCCCCUUUUUCCGUGGAACAUCGUCACAGUCGGAAGGUACCACAUGGGCAGUUAGUCCCGAGCCCUUGGACACGUUGCACUCGUGUCCUUGUCUUUUCUCGAUCUCGCCACGACAAUGUCAAAACUUUUGCGCGCAGGCUUCAGUUAUCCUAGGUGCCGUUGGUCAAGCGUGCGUGCCAUAAGUGAUUGCGACGAGAUACGGUGCAAUCGGUGCCUGACGUUGCCUGGUCUCCCACUGGUGCGUGUGUCCAAAAAAGUGCUACCUCGAUUUCUGCCGUUCUGGAAAUGCCAUUGCUGGCCAUGAUCCUGGCGGCGUCACAACAGCAGUGCUGGAUGUGGCAGACGCCUCUAUGCUGCUCAAGGCCGCUUUCCACCUCAACGGUCCAUGGAAGCUUCGGCAGCCAGUAUUCGGGAUGCCGCGAGGACAGCGACGCGUUUGCUCACAUUUUGGGCCGAGACUUGUAGCACCAUUUACCAGGAUCUCGACAUCCGACAACUUGACACUCUUGUAAGGUCAUUUGUUGCCACUUGAGGGCCACUUUUGAUGUAUGGGAGGUCGCUAAACACACCGGUUGAAAAUGCCUGGUGCUGUACUCAAGAUGCUGCCCCUGGGAUCCUUGCAGGAGACGAUGGCGGAAGAAGGGGAGCUGGACUAUGACGCCGUGGUCUACCAGUGUGGCGCCUGCGACGAGCAGUUUUCCUCGCUAGAGGAGAUUGAGCGCCACCACAGCGGAGACGGUGCCGCCAUCUGCCCCUACAUGGUUGCUGCCGCAAUCCAGCCCCAGUUCAUCACCGGGGACGACUCGGAAGUGGUCGUCAUGUCCGAGGAUGUGGCCUUUCCUGGUGGCGGCAUGCCGGCCGGGGCAGACGAGGUGGCGCUGUCCGAGGAGGUGGACGACCCCGAGCCGGCAUUCCCCGUGGCGGCCCACGGCCACGCUUGCCCACUGUGUGGCCGGCAGUUCUCGUCCAAGUUCCUCCUGGACGCCCACGCGCAGUCCCACCAUGCCACGGAGACCAAGGUGUACAGCUGCGAGCUGUGUCGGCAGAAGUUCUAUGACUCCAACGAGUAUGUUACCCACUUAGUGUCGAGCCACGCCAAAAAGGACCACUGCUGCACCAUCUGUAACAAGUGGUACACAUCGCGCAGCAACCUCAAGACCCACAUGAUGAUCCACGCGGGACGCAAGCCCCACCAGUGCGACAUCUGCGGCAGGCAGUUCACGGUGUCGAGCAACCUCAAGGCCCACCGCCGCAUCCACACGGGUGAGCGCAAGUAUAUCUGCCAGGUGUGCAAAAAGGGCUUCAUCACGUCCACGCACCUCAAGACGCACAUGGCGGUGCACACGGGGGAGAAGCCCUACCAGUGUGAGGUGUGCUUCCGUGAGUUCGCGGUGAACAGCAACAUGCGGGCGCACAUGCUGACGCACACGGGCGAGAAGCGCCACGAGUGCCAGGUGUGUGGCAAGCAGUUUGCAACGUCAAGCCACGUCAAGACGCACCUGCUGUCGCACACAGGCCAGCGGGACCACAAGUGCCCGACGUGCGGCAAGGGCUUCACGGUGCCAUCAAACCUGAAGGCCCACAUGAAGAUCCACUCGGGGCAGCGGGACCAUGCGUGCGACCUGUGCAGCAAGCGGUUCUACACCAACAGCGACCUGCGGUCGCACAAGAUGAUCCACACGGGGGAGCGCCCCUACCAGUGCGAAAUCUGCCUCGAGCGGUUCACGAAGAUGUCCAACCUCAACUCGCAUCGGACCACGCACACGGGGGAGCGUCCCCACCAGUGCGAAGUGUGCCACAAGCGGUUCCGCAAGGCGGUGAACCUGCGCACGCACCGCAGGACCCACGCCCAGGACCAGACGCACCCGUGCUCGCUGUGCGACCAGGCCUUCCCCAACGUGACCCGACUCCGCGCCCACAACAAGCAGUGCCACCAGGAAAGCCACGCCUGCGAGGAGUGUGGACGGCGUUUCCAGUCGCCCUUGGCGCUGGUGGCCCACCGCAGGGUCCACUCGGGGGCGGCGCCCUUUGGCUGCGCCCACUGCCAGCGCUCCUUCUCCAAGGAGGCCCACCUGCACCGGCACAUGGACAAGCACGCUUCCCGCAAGGACCAGUGCCCCGUGUGCCAGCUGCUCUGCAGCUCGGGCCACCAGCUCCAGAUCCACAUGCGCACCCACACGGGCGAAAAGCCCUACGCCUGCGACCUCUGCCCCCGCCGCUUCACCAAGCAGGUGAACCUCAAGCGCCACCUCCAGGUGCACACCAAGGUCAAGUUUGAGUGCUCCGUCUGCCUCAAGAGCUACCUCUCGGAGAAGACGCUGCAGGCGCACUACCGCAACGCCCACCUCUCCCAGGCGCCAAACGACAUCCACGUCGUGCUCAAGCAGGAGCCACAGGACUUUGUGCUCGAGGACGGCUCGGGACACUUUGUGCUCAAGCAGGAGCCGGACGACGUCGCCAACACACACGAGGAGGCCUGACCUGUGGCACACCGGACGCGAGUCAAGUCACACGCAGUUCACAGCAUUUCUGAGCCAGGCAGCUUCUAGAAGCGACGUGCCAGGCGUUUGUCUGCAAUUAUUUUUCCUAAACAGCUCUGGAAACGAACAAACUUUCGUAUUGAUUGGGUUUGGUUUGUUGAAGCGUUUUGGCAAACUUCCUCAAGAUUUGAAAUUGCACAAUAAAUUUUCUUGAAUUAA